AUGCGCACUUUUUGGCUCACUAUCCUUGCUCUGGCUGCCGCCAAGAGCUGCGGAGCUACAGAUGCCCUUUCGCCUCGUCCCCACAUUACGUGCUUUCCCAAUCCGUGCCCCGGAGAGCAUCGGACCUUCCCACUACGCGAAAAACUGUGCUAUGUUAAGAGCACAGGAGAUGGCCAGGAUGAUUCGCAGCACAUUCUCAAUGCAGUCUAUGAAUGCAACAAUGGCGGUCGCGUUGUGUUUAGAGAAGGUGUUAACUAUACCAUUGGAACUGCAUUGGAUCUGACCUUCAUGAAAAACAUCGACCUUGAUAUCCAAGGAUACAUUCAAUUCACCGAUAACACAACCUACUGGCAAGACAAUAGCUUUCAGUUUGUCUUUCAGAACGCCACAAGCUUCUGGCUUUGGGGUGGAGAUGGUGUUGCGGUCUAUGGAGGGGGUACGAUCAAUGGCAACGGACAGGUCUGGUACGAUUUGUACGCUAAGGACCCGCUUUUGAAUCGCCCAAGCCUGAUCGGCAUCGAGGGUUUGCAUAAUUCUGUUAUUUCGAACCUUAACUUGAGACAGUCACCCACAUAUCACUUUUUUAUGGCCAACUCAUCUGAAGUGGUGAUCGACGGGUUGAGCCUGAUCAGUGUCUCGUCAAAUGACAAUGAAGCUGCAAAUACAGACGGUAUCGAUACGUAUAGAUCUAAUAACGUGGCACUUCAAAACUGGGUAGUGAACAAUGGUGACGACUGUGUUAGUUUCAAGCCGAACAGCACGAAUAUGCUUGUCCAGAACAUGCAAUGUACCGGCUCACACGGGAUUUCUGUCGGAUCUCUCGGCCAAUAUCCAAACACAUACUCUAUCGUCGAGAACGUCUAUGUUUAUAAUGUCUCGAUGAUCUCUGCCUUGACAGGUGCAAGAGUCAAAGUUUGGCCAAACACUCCGUCAUCUGAAGCGGCUGAUCUGCAGGGAGGCGGUGGCAGCGGCAGAGUGAAUAAUGUUGUAUUCGAUACAUUCACUGUCAAAGACGUGGACUACGCCAUCGAACUGGACCAGUGCUAUGGACAGAGUAAUCUUACUCUGUGUUUCGAUAACCCUAGUCCUCUCAAUAUCAGCAAUGUGAUAUUCAAGAACUUCCAAGGCAUAACCAGCAGCAAAUAUGCACCCGAUAUUGUGACUUUCGCUUGCAGUUCGACUACGUCUUGUUCUAAUAUCCAGGCAAUGAAUAUUGAUGUUCAGGGUCCUGAAGGGUCUCUGGCUUACUGCCAUGAUGUUGAUGAGUCUUCCCUGGUCGGUGUGAAUUGCACAGGUCCCUACAAGGGCUUUGAGUGA